CUUUUGUGUUCAUUGAAUUAACAAAAGAAAUGGUGAGAGCUCCUUGCUGUGACAAUAUGGGAUUUAAAAGGGGUCCAUGGACUCCUGAAGAAGACCAGAUUUUGAUCUCAUAUAUUCAAAAGCAUGGCCAUGAUAAUUGGCGAGCCUUACCAAAGCAAGCUGGUCUUUUGAGAUGCGGGAAGAGUUGCAGAUUACGUUGGAUAAACUAUUUAAGGCCUGAUAUUAAGAGGGGAAACUUCACUUUGGAGGAAGAGGAAACCAUCAUGCAACUGCAUGGAAUGUUUGGGAACAGGUGGUCAGCCAUAGCAGCGAAAUUACCAGGAAGGACAGACAAUGAGAUAAAAAAUGUAUGGCACACUCACUUGAAGAAGAAACCAAACCAAGACCAGACCAGACUAGACAUCAUCAGAAACAACACCAAGUCUAACAACAAGAUCAAAUCCGAGCCGUCCAUCGUAAGCCAAUCGAGUGACGGGAUACCAUCAUCAUCAAGCGAAGUUUCCUCCAUUACAGACACCACUGAUCAUAGGGAAGUUAACGACAAGGCCGAAUACAUGGUGGAUUCUUCGGAAUGUUUCCCCGAAAUCGACGAAAGUUUCUGGUCCGAUAAUUCGAGCAUUCCGCCGUUAAACUUCAAAGCGGUCACCGACGAAAACCGGCCUCAAUUUCCUUCGUGUUCGAUCGAUCAUACAGUGGAUGCUCGUCAAAAUCUUGAUGAUGAUUCAAUGGAGUUUUGCUACGACUUGUUCAUUAAAGCUGGAGGUGAAGGAGAUUUCAUUGCACAAUUCUAAAGAAAAAUCAAUUCAUAGACUAGCAAACUCAAAAAGCAAAGUCUUUUGAGGAAGAUUAUUGUUUCAUUUCAUUCAAAGGGGGAAAUUAUGGCAUUAAUUGGAUGACUUUUGGUGGUGGAGGGCCAGACAUGAAAAUAAGAGCAGGAAAGUGAAAGGAUUGACUUGGAAAUAGUUAGUGUAUAGGGAUGGAGUAGAACAAUUAGAGCUUUACAAACUUGAGC